AAUCAAAUAGGGAAAAAAAAAAAAAAGACUGAGAGAAUACUGGAUAAUUUAAAAAUGAGGUUAAAUCAAAAUGUGAACUUUUCGAGGACGGUAAAAUACACCCUAUCUCAAUAAGGGUAUUUUAUUCACCAAGAGUAUAUUCAUUAAAUGAGCCUUAUUUGUUCACUUCUAGAAAAAAUAUCACAUGCCUUAUAAAAUCCACCCAAAUGCACCACAACUUUCUAACUUCAAAAAUAUCCCACAUUACCCUCAAAUUCAACUUUGUGCAAAUCAAAAACAACAACAACAAAAAAAAAAUGACCUCGAAACUCUCUUUUCCUCACUCUUCUCACACUCCUCUCCUAACACUCAUCUUCACACUACUCAUCUUCCUCCUCUCAUCAACCCUACCAUUAUCAUCCUCCAUUACACCUCCAAAAAACCAAUCACCCUCAACCCGUAAACCGUUCUCGAAAAUCUACGCCUUCGGAGACUCCUACACAGACACAGGCAACACAAUUUCAGCCACAGGACCAUCAGGGUUCAACUUUGUAUCAAAUCUCCCUUAUGGUAUGACCUACUUCCACCACCCCACUAACCGAUACUCGGACGGUCGAUUAGUCAUUGAUUUUGUUACACAAACUCUAUCGCUCCCGUUCCUCCCCGCUUACCGCUCCACCACUAGUGGUGGAGCGACCAACGGUGUAAACUUCGCCGUAGCGGGGUCGACAGCGAUAGAGCAUGCAUUCUUUGUAAAGAAUAAUCUCACCUUUGAUGUAACCCCUGAGUCGUUAGGGACUCAGUUGGGUUGGUUUAACAAGUACUUGGCAAAACAAGGUGGGUGUAAUGAUCCGGUGAAGUGUGGUGCAUUGUUUAAUGAUGCGUUGUUUUGGGUUGGAGAGAUUGGUGCUAAUGAUUAUGCUUAUGCUGCUGAAACUGAAGUUAGCAAGAGUGUUAUUCGGAAUUUGGCUAUUACAAGAGUUUCCAACUUUCUUGAGGCAAUACUAAGGAAAGGAGCAAAAUAUGUAGUAGUACAAGGCUUGCCUCCUACAGGGUGCUUAACACUAGCAAUGUAUUUAGCACCAACCAAUGACCGAGACGACUUAGGCUGUGUUAAAAGCGUAAACACCCAAAGCAACACUCACAACACCCUCCUCCAAGCUAAAAUACAAGACCUUAGAAAGAAGUACCCUAAGUCGAACAUCAUCUAUGCUGAUUACUACAAUGCAUACCGUGACAUCAUGAAGAACUCGAAAAAGUAUGGGUUCAAGGAGGCCUUUAAAGUAUGUUGUGGCUCUGGAGGAGGCUCCUACAACUAUGAGUUCUUCUCGGUGUGUGGAUCUCCAUCUGCAAAGCCGUGCCCCAACCCUUCGCAGUACAUGAAUUGGGAUGGAGUCCACUUGACGGAAGCCAUGAAUAAGGUUGUAUCGGGAUUGCUCCUACAAGGAGGGUACUCUCACCCUUCGUUUCAGGAUUUGAUCAGUAAGAAGAUGAGUCAGUUAUAAGAUCUUUAAGUUUUAGAUGAUGAGUUAUAUUCCUAUAUGUAAGUUGAUAGAGUUACAAUAUUAGUAGUAAUAAUAAUAUGAAUUACUUUGUAUUAGUUUUGCCGUUUUAGGCACAUUA